GAUUUCCAAAACACCUGAACCGGGCAUCCUGGAAAAUUAAAAAAUCCUGAAUUAUGGAAGAAUUAGAACAGUUGGAGCACCUUUCGUUGGUGUCGAAGAUCUGCACGGAGCUAGAAAACCAUCUUGGACUGAACGAUAAAGAUCUAGCGGAAUUCAUCAUCCAUUUGGCGAGGGAAAAUCCGACGAUUGAAGCGUUCAAGCGCGAGCUGGCAAAAAAUGGGGCCGAAUUUUCUGAAUCCUUCACUGCGAACCUGCUGCGCAUCAUCCAGCUCAUGCGUUCCGCUGGUGGUGGCAAGGCCGCCGACUUCGAGGAGGAUGACGACCAGUCGAGAGCUUUGGCGCACAAAUUUCCCGGAUUAGCGAUACCCAACAACCGCAAGGGGUAUUCAUCGGAGGAGGAAGAAAAGGAACCAGAGGAUAAGGAUAAAAAGACGUCGAAGAAGAUGGACACGGAGCGCGAUGAGAAGAAGUACGAGGGCGGCCGUGGUAGUAAACGCGAAACACACGACCGUAAGGAUGACAAAAAGGAAGCGAAAGUACGCCCAAGCGAUGCCGUGGACGAUAUGUUUGCCGAGCUGGAACAAAUGGCUCCCUCCAAGGCGAGCGAGAAAUCCCGGGAACAGCAGGAAGUGGACAACAUGUUCGCCGAACUGGAAAAUCUGGCACCGUCGAAGGAAAAGGAAGAUGACGGUGAGACAAAGAACAGCCGCAGGCGUACCGAGCGGCGCAGUGGUUCAAGAGAAAGGAGUCGAAAAGGCGAUCGUAGCAGAUCACGGGAACGUCGAAGAGAGCGUAGCAGGGACCGUAGUCGUUCUCGUGAUCGUCGAAGGAACCGACGAUCCCGAUCGAAAGAUCGAAGUAAGCGCCGAAGUCGUUCGCGAAGCCGCGAUAAAGGACGCGACCGUGAUCGAGAGCGUGAGCGUGACCGCGAUCGUGGUCGUGAUCGUCGCUCGAGAAGAAGCCGUACGAGGAGCCGUUCCAGAGAGCGAACCCGUCAUCGCAAUCGUAGUAGAUCGGGUGAGAUGGCACCACCACCGGCGGCAAUCGAACGUCGCCAACGGACACCACCGAUGCCCGAGGAACCGGAAGUGGGCAAAAUCUAUGAUGCGCGCGUCGUUAACAUCGUAGCGUUCGGAUGCUUCGUCCAGCUUGUCGGUUUUCGGCGUAAGAAAGAGGGUCUAGUGCACAUCUCUCAACUAUCCACGGAAGGACGCGUCAAUUUGGUUACCGACGUCGUCAAUCGAGGAGACGAUGUGAAGGUGAAAGUGAUGUCCCUGGCCGGUAACAAAAUCUCACUCAGUAUGAAAGAGGUAGAGCAGUCGACGGGUCGUGAUUUGAAUCCACUUUCACACGCGCAUCUGCAGGAGUCGAACGAUCUACAGAGCCGUAACCCCGAUCGUCCUCUAUCCGUACCGUCGAUGCUGAAUCUACAGGAAGGUGGCGCUGGGAUGGUAGAACAGACGGAGGACAAUUCACGCAAAAAGGUAACCCGCAUCAGCAGCCCCGAACGGUGGGAAAUCAAGCAAAUGAUCUCGUCCGGUGUGAUCGAUCGUUCCGAGAUGCCCGAUUUCGACGAGGAAACGGGGCUGCUACCGAAGGACGAGGACAGUGAAGCGGACAUUGAGAUUGAAAUUGUGGAAGACGAACCACCGUUCCUGCAGGGCCACGGUCGUGCACUGCACGAUCUCUCCCCGGUGCGAAUCGUCAAGAAUCCGGACGGUUCGCUAGCACAGGCGGCCAUGAUGCAGACGGCACUGGCGAAGGAACGGCGCGAGCAGAAGAUGCUCCAGCGCGAACAGGAGAUGGAUGCCGUACCGACGACGAUGAACAAAAACUGGAUCGAUCCGCUACCGGACGAGGAUGCCGAGGGAACGAUGGCGUCCAAUACGCGCGGUGUCGGUAUGUCAACGCAGGACGUACCCGAGUGGAAAAAGGCCAUCAUUGGGGGAAAGAAAAGUUCGUUCGGUCGCAAAACGGACAUGAGCCUCGUGGAGCAACGUCAAUCACUGCCAAUCUACAAGCUGCGCGAUGACCUGAUCAAGGCCGUCACCGACAACCAGAUACUGAUCGUGAUCGGUGAGACGGGAUCAGGCAAAACGACUCAAAUCACGCAAUACCUGGCCGAGAGUGGAUUCAUAGCGCGCGGUAAGAUCGGUUGCACCCAGCCGAGACGUGUGGCGGCCAUGUCGGUUGCGAAGCGUGUAGCAGAAGAGUACGGUUGCCGGUUGGGACAGGAGGUGGGCUACACGAUUCGUUUCGAGGAUUGUACGAGCCAGGAAACGGUCAUCAAGUACAUGACGGACGGUAUGUUGCUGCGUGAGUGUUUGGUUGAUUUCGACCUCAAGUCCUACUCCGUAAUCAUGCUGGACGAGGCCCACGAGCGUACGAUCCACACGGACGUGAUGUUCGGACUACUAAAGCAAGCCGUUCAGAAGAGACCAGAACUGAAACUGAUCGUCACAUCGGCUACCCUGGAUGCGGUCAAGUUCUCGCAAUACUUCUUCGAAGCACCAAUCUUUACGAUCCCGGGUCGAACGUUCCCAGUGGAGAUCCUAUACACGAAGGAACCGGAAACGGACUACCUGGAUGCAUCGCUCAUUACCGUGAUGCAGAUUCAUCUGCGUGAGCCACCGGGUGAUGUACUGCUCUUCCUCACCGGUCAAGAGGAGAUCGAUACGGCUUGCGAGAUAUUGUACGAGCGCAUGAAAUCGCUCGGUCCCGACGUACCGGAACUGAUCAUCCUGCCCGUCUAUUCCGCCCUACCCUCGGAGAUGCAGACACGCAUCUUUGAUCCCGCACCACCGGGCAGCCGAAAGGUCGUGAUUGCCACCAACAUCGCCGAAACGUCACUCACGAUCGACGGCAUCUACUACGUUGUCGAUCCCGGAUUUGUUAAGCAGAAGGUGUACAACUCAAAGACGGGCAUGGACUCACUGGUCGUUACGCCCAUCUCCCAAGCGGCCGCUAAGCAACGUGCCGGCCGUGCAGGACGAACGGGACCCGGCAAGGCGUACCGGUUGUACACGGAACGUGCGUACCGUGAUGAGAUGCUGCCAACACCGGUACCGGAAAUACAGCGUACGAAUCUGGCCACCACCGUGCUCCAGCUAAAGACGAUGGGCAUCAACGAUUUGCUGCACUUCGAUUUCAUGGACGCACCACCGGUCGAAUCGCUGGUGAUGGCACUCGAACAGCUACACUCACUGUCGGCACUGGAUAAUGAGGGGCUACUGACCAGACUCGGGCGACGUAUGGCCGAGUUUCCCCUCGAACCGAACCUUUCCAAGCUGCUCAUCAUGUCCGUCGCACUGUCGUGCUCUGAUGAGGUGCUAACGAUCGUCUCGAUGCUUUCCGUGCAGAACGUGUUCUACCGCCCGAAGGAUAAGCAAGCACUGGCCGAUCAGAAGAAAGCCAAGUUCAACCAGAUCGAGGGUGACCAUCUUACGCUGCUGGCCGUGUACAAUAGCUGGAAGAACAACAAAUUCUCGAACGCCUGGUGCUACGAGAACUUUGUGCAGAUCCGUACGCUCAAGCGUGCGCAGGAUGUCCGGAAGCAGCUGCUCGGUAUCAUGGAUCGCCACAAGCUCGACGUCGUCUCGGCCGGAAAGAACACGGUUCGCGUGCAGAAGGCCGUCUGUUCCGGUUUCUUCCGUAAUGCAGCGAAAAAGGAUCCACAGGAGGGCUACCGGACGCUGGUUGACUCACAGGUCGUUUACAUUCAUCCAUCGAGCGCACUAUUUAAUCGGCAACCGGAAUGGGUCGUGUAUCAUGAACUCGUCCAGACAACGAAGGAGUACAUGCGCGAGGUGACGACGAUCGAUCCGAAGUGGUUGGUCGAGUUUGCGCCCGCCUUCUUCCGCUUCUCCGACCCGACCAAGCUGAGCAAGUUCAAGAAGAACCAACGGCUGGAACCACUGUACAACAAAUACGAGGAACCGCACGCAUGGCGUAUCAGCCGAACGCGAAGACGGCGCAACUAA